CAUUGUUGACUCAGAGUAAUCUGGAGUUUGAGAGAUUAAAAUCUGACAGUAAUGCUUGAAGAACAUUAUUUUUCAUCCCUUCUAGUCCUCCUAGUCAUGGAUACAGAGAGUCCACUUCUGUCUUUUAUCAAAACAAGUCUUCCUAAACUGAGAGACCCUGAGCCUUUGCUUGAGCGUCUGCAAGAGUUAGGAGUUGAGGACCUGCAGGACCUGAGCUACCUGCAGGAGAGUGACCUCCUUUCUGUCCUGAGACCGAUUGAAGUCAGGAAACUUCUGUCCCCGCUCAAAAAGACAAGCCAACAAGAUGUCUUGGACAGUCCUCCAAGCAACCAGAGCAACGAACAGUUCAGCAGAGCCAGUACCAGUGCAAGUCCAGUAACACAGUCUGACGAGAUGCACCUUUCUGGUGGUUGCAGCUCAGCAACUGCAAGUUCACCGCGGUCAACAAGUAGUUCAAGUAUGGAUAUCACACCUCGUCGACUGUCUGACAACAGCUGGCAUUUUAAAUUUCCAGUUCCUUGGCAGAAAAUUCCAUCUGAGAUCAUCAGAAAGCUGGAAAAAAAAAAGCGGCCAACAAAAACUGAGAGACUUGAAAUCAUACGGCUCAUCGUCAGUGAAAUCGUAACCGUGUGCCCAACACCAGGGAAGAAACAUAUCAGUGAGAUAGCAAGGAAGAUGACAAAGGCCUACCCUGCGGCAUUUACUGAUGUCAUUGAAGGUGAAGUUAUAGGCAGUGGGUAUGACUCACUCACCAAACAGAUGCUCAGCAGAGUAGAUAACCUGAAGAGAGGAAACACUUCACUUUCCUUAAAGAGAAAAGUUAUUAGCAGCAGUGAAGGAGAGGAUACCCAACCUCAGAAAAAAAGACUAGACACUUACGGGUGUAUAAACUGGCAACCAACACGGCUGCCACCUAAUCAAACCCCUGAAUCCCAGAAACAUGCACAAGAAGAGUUAAAGAAAAUGUGGAGAGAAAGAUGCUGUGACAGCAAAGUCAUUGAGAAAAUGAUGAGAGACACUUUCUUUACUCAGAGAAAAGACAUUAUCAGUGGGACUGAAACUUCUGACUUGACAAAGGAAUGGCCAUAUCUGUUUGAGACAACUGGCAUCAAGACUCAUUUUAGAGAGCUUACAGGCGUGGACAUGGAAGACAAAAACAUAGCAAAUAAAUGUGCCAGAGUUAUUUCAUUUCUUAAAUCUAGUGACAAGACAGGGAAGAUGGAGACCAUCUUCAGGGAAAUGGAAACAUCAAUCAAUGUUUCAGAUGUGAACGUUGCAGCGUUUCUUCCACUGCUCCUCAAGUACUUCAAUGAAGAAGAAGAACAGAUGUUCUACAAAGUGGAUCAAACAACCUUGCCCUCUGAAGUGGACUGUGCUGAACUUCCAAGUACACCAUGUAUUGUUGUGUGUGGAAACUCAACUUUGGCGGCGGAGAAUUUCAUGCUGUCUGCUGACCAGACCAUUGUGAAUGGCCACAUCAGAAUCUUCAGUGAUGCUCUUAUGCUGAUGUUUGGUCUGUACUACUGUAUGAACAUAUCUUACCCAGCAGCCCAAGCAUCAACUUUGGAGUUCUUACAGAGGUGCCUCUUCAAGAUAAAUCCAGACAAGGGAUCAAAAGUGGAGCGGAACGCCACCAAAAAACAACUUGCAGUCAGUCCAAAGGUUCUCACAUUGAUCACCAAAAUUGCAGACUACGAGUGGAGGGAAUAAGAAGUGCGCACAAGUUAUGGAUACUUUGUCCAAGUUAUAGACUGUUAUAUCCAGUGAGGUGUCAUGUAAGCUAUUUGUUAUGUAGCUUUGAUAUCAAUGUUUUGAAUGUAUAAUUACUUGACGAGGUCAUGGGUGCCUUGGAUGUAACUGUAAGUUGGUAAAGCAACUUUUUUUCCCCAAUUCAGUUGAAUUUAUAUAGCCAGCUUUUGUUUGUUUGUUUUUUUUGUUUCAGAA